UUCCCCAGGAGCGCGAGGCAGCCAGAGCGAGCGAGGAGGAGCAGGAGGACGGAGCAGAGAGAGAGAGAGAGAGAGAGCGCGAGAGCGAGAGAGCCCCAGCGCUCAGACGCAGAGGAAUCAUGGAGAGAGGGUCACCGAGCAGGACUUGGCCGGCUAACGUUAAAGGACUGCAGCUUUUAACGUCACUUCUCACCCUAUACGGACUUACCUGUGUGAGCAGUAACCAGGUGAACGUUCCUCCAAAGGUGAAUGCAGUACUGGGGAAAAACAUCACUCUAAGCUGCAGAAUAGAAGUUGGCUCCAACCAAAGUGUCACGCAGAGCUCCUGGGAACGUCAUCUUCCUUCUGGCACCAUUACCGUGGCACUGUUCAACCCUCAGUAUGGAACCUCAGUCACUCCACAAUACGCCAAUCGCAUCUCAUUUGUUUCCCCUUCAAUCCAAGAUGCUACCAUAGCACUUAAGGAAGUUGGCUUUGCAGAUAGUGGGCGCUACACCUGUAAAGUGGCAACAUUUCCUCUGGGCAAUACGCAAGCUUCUACCAUCGUCAACGUGUUGGUUGAACCAAAGGUGUAUGUGUCAGCCGGCCCAUCAGCGCUGCUGGAUAAUGGAAAUGAGUCACUGGUGGCUACCUGCAUAGCAGAGCGUGGCCUUCCAGCUGCAGAAGUUUUCUGGGAGACAGAGCUGUAUGGGCGAAGUGAGAAGCAAAGUCACGAAGAGCCCAAUGGUACCACCACCAUACAUGUGCACUACAUGUGGCAGCCAAAGAGCUACGCCCAGGGAAAGACACUCACUUGUGUGGUGAGACACCCAGCUCUGCAGACAGAGUUCCGCAUACCCUACGUACUAAAUGUUCAGUUUGCCCCAAUAGUAUCAGUAAUUGGACAGGACAAAAAAUGGUUUGUGGGUCAAGAAAAUGUGAAGUUUAUCUGUGGUGCCAAGGCCAACCCACCUGCCCGUCAGUUCAAAUGGACCAGGUUGGAUGGAUUGAUGCCUGAUGGUAUUGAUAUCUCGAAUGAAAGCUUUGCUUUCACACGCCCAUUGGAGCGCAAUGACUCUGGGUUGUAUCGCUGUGAAGUGUUAAAUGACAUUGGUCUCCGCAAAUAUGAUGUAACCCUCUGGAUACAAGAUCCUCCCCCCACCACGGCAGCUCCCAGCACCACUGCAUCCCUCCUCCGUGACACCUCUGGAACCGGCACCGCUGCGAUCCGAUCUCCAUUCGCACUCCCAACCUUGGCAUCCUUGUCUGACAGCAACCUUGGCACUAUAGUUGGCGGGGUAGUGGGUGGAGUUUUGUUCCUGAUUCUCUUACUAAUUCUGGGUGGAGUCUGUUUUAUGCGUCAGCGCAGAACCUUCAGAGGAGAUUACUACACCAAGCAAUACCUGGGACCCUCUGACAUGCAGAAGGAGUCCCAGCUGGAUGUGCUUCAGCCACAUGAGCUGCAGGAGUUCUGCGGUGACAAGACAAGCAAAGGCAGCCAGGAGCUAAAAUCCAAACUGGGUGGAGACAUUAUUUACCCUGACUACACCCCAGAACACAAAGAUAGGGACAACUGGCCUGACAGGGGGGACAAUCAGAGGGUCCUCAAGGAGCCAAACUACUACUCUGAUCCCUACAAUACCCAGAACAUGCAUCCCUGCGGACCUCCCGUGCACAGCACCAUAGUCAAUAAUGGCUCGCCCUACCUUCCAGAGGACUGCUACGACAAUGGCAUAGACAGCGACUAUGUGUCCCACAUGGACGGUUCUGUGAUUUCACGCAGGGAGUGGUAUGUUUGAAGAAAAGGGCAAAGAUAAAAACAGACAAAUGACUGGCUGAGAGUCACUUAACAAGUGACCGAUAAAUCACUAAAGGUUUUGUCAUUUUGGUUUAAAGAUGAACAAAAUUUCCUCAGCUCAGUUUCACAAUGAGCUCUUUGAACAAAACUGCUCUGCCUUGAUUGUAACCACUUAACCUUAAGGACAUGUUUGUGGAUUGCUUUAUACUUUUGUAGCAUUUCAAGGAGCUACAAAUACGCUGGAACGCUUGAUGUUAUCUGUGUAGGCUUAGGGGGGCUUUGGCACACAGAGAAGUUUCAACUGGUUUUUGUACUCUGCUUGUUUUCCUUUAACACAGAUCAGGUGUUCAGACCCCUGUCAGUGAAGUAUUUAUAUCCCUGACUGACUUAGCUCUGCUUCCAAAAAAUUCACAAAGUGUGUGGCAUUUUAAAAGUGGUCUCUUUAAUUGUUCAGUGUUCUCCUACAGUUAAAAUACUCAUCAUGGCCACAAGCAGUAUUCAAAGCAAAGUGUAUUGCAUGAAUUAAAAGAAUAAACUGUGUCAUCAAGGUAAAGGGAAGAUCAUAUGACUAAAAGGGAGAACUACAGAGGGAAUAGAAAAUUGAUUAUGAAGUAAGAUGAAAAAAAAACACUGCCCCUCACAGACAUCUGGUAAAAUUUUGUAGCUUUUGCAAACUUUGUAUGUUAAUACAAACCAGUCACCUGAUAAAGAAAGACGUUACUGACAGUAAUAUUAAUUUUAAUUCUAGAGCCAUUUUGUCAGGUUCACAGAUAAGUACUUAGGGUUUCAGUCCUGGCUGAUUAGGCAGCACGGGUAAGUGAAAGAAAGGUUGAGUUAAGCUUUAAUACAAACACUUUACUCCAUUUUGACUAAUUCAGAAUAAAAGCCAUUUCUAGACUCACUAGUGCUUUAAAUGUAAAACAGCAGCAGUAAAAAUUGUUGGCUUUGCAGAAACAGUAACUUAAUACCAUUCAGAAGCAGGGAAAAGACAACCGCAUUGCUGGAUUACAUGCAUGAAUAGUUUUACCUGUAAACCCCUAGUGCUUACGUAGUCAAUCUGACUCCAAUGCAGGAAAAGCAGACUGGCCCACUACCAGUGAAGACAAAUAUACAGUAGAGGUGUAAUUAGUUAGAUGACAUCUGCAGAAACGAAAAUUAGCUUUAUAGAUUAUAACUUUAAUCAAAUACAUUUAUUGCUGUUUAAAUGUGUUCAUCCCGUCACAUUCUUGCAGUGAAAAAGCACAACUCCAUCAAUAUAGUUGUGAGCAUACAUCAAAGGAAGUCGGCCAGGCCUCCGUCUAAUCCACUUAGCCAUGAUAACAGGCUGCAUCGCUGUCUUUUCCAUUUUCCCUCCUUCGUAUCCUCUGAUUUCAGUCUGCAAAGCUAACACCCUAUUGGUCAUUAUAGUUUUUAUUUAAACGUGGGAUCAAAGAAAUAUGUUAUAAAUACCAGAUGUGACUCAAACAGCUGUCAUCAUCUAACGCUAUGUGAUUCCAUAAACCACCAACAGUUUUGCUGCUCCCACUCGACACUCUACAGUCGUGAUUCAUGACGGUAAAUAAGCAAAAUACUCCCUGGAAAAGCUAAACUAGAUCAACAAUAAGCCGAUCCGUCAACUGUAGUCUGUAUGUGUUUGAUGAAUGAUUAUUCAAAUACUUUGGAAACAGUGUUAGCGGCUGAUCACAGAACAGGCUGUAAUGUUGGGGUUUGGCUCCUUUGAGGAUAUACAGUGAUCAUGGAAACUAGAAAUCUAAUACAUGUUUUAAAAAAAAGAGUUGGAGAACUAUCUCGGGUUAGAAGUGCCUGUUUAAGGGUUCCCUAAGAAUUCUUUUCUUUUCCUACAAACAAACGCAGUGAAAGUUGAAACAGAAAGAGUUGACACAUUUAGUGAUCUCAUCGCUCGCUGCUUUGUUUGACCUCACACUUCUUCUGUUUCUUUCUUUUAUGUUUUCCUCAGGAAUGAUACAUGGAUCAGAGUGGCCUCUGUAAAGCGGCACAUGAAAGAGAAAACAUACCCCUUUUUUGGAAAGAUUCCCUUUCCAGUCAAUCUGUGUAUGUUGUUAGAGGAAGGAAGCUAAAUAUUUGUAUUGCAGUGAGAUCAGACAGGGAGCUGCAUACAUUUAAAUUUUCUGCUCAUAUUGGGGUUUUAUAGAUUUAUAGCUCAUUUUCUCUUUUUAUUUUAAACCGUUCUCCACCCUCAUUUUCACAUGCCAGGGCUUUGGUCGCCGGUUUAGAUGUCUGAGAAUAAACUACUUUAAUCUCCUCAGCUCGUUCUCACUCUCAUCGUCGCACACACGCACCCAGGCCACCGCACAUCUGCCACUGCUGCCCACACUCCAGGAGAAGUCCUUACUUCAAUUCCCCGGCUUUUAAUUACCUGUUUUUCUAUCCUUGCGCUUGGCAAUGAAAGUGCCCAUAUGGAUAUAUAGACUAGUAAAGUCGUGUUAUGCUAAAUCCAGCCUCUGCUUUAAUAAACAAUAUUUUCAGUCAGUUUGUGUUCAAGUUCAAGACUUUUACAAAAGCCAAAUGAGCUGAAGUGAUGCCUGAAUGUUUUUCAAUCUGUCCAGAAGAGUUUUGGUCAACUGGUUCAUGUAAGUUAAAUUAUUGGCUCCUUAUUUCUUAUGACUAAUGUUUGUAUAGAUGUACAUACUGCUCAUAAGUUAGCCUAGAUUAGUUCUUUGAUUAGUUUGACUCAUGUCUUCAUGUACAGUUUGUCCUGGACUCCCCUACUGAUUUGUUGGUGCCUUAAAAGGGCUGAGUAAUGCACAGAAAACCUAAAGAUAAUAUUUACCACAAGGAUGUAAAUGGUAUUAAUAUUAACGAGGAGGGCUCACUGGUCCAUUAUUAUGUCUUCCAACAUUACAGGAUUUGCUGUUUUUAAAACAUCUGAGUGGACAGAAGGUUGAUUCUCAUGCCUUAUACACUUCGACAGGACAAACGUAACAAGUUAGUUACUGACAAAAUUAUUAAAAGUAAAGUUUCACUGGGAAUAUAGGCAUGCCAGAUUCAUAGGAAAUAUUAUUGUCUUGUAAAUAUGCUGGCUGUUUUUUAUUAUUAUUGCAGAUGAAAAACUUAUUUUUUGUAUGAGCUCUGUCAUUUUCUUGUUUCAUGAUAACAUUGAGCGGGGUGUUGUUUUCACUGCAUUUUUGUAUUUUUUUUCCCGACCAAUUAUUUCGUAUGCUGUUCUCUGAAUGAUCGAUGUCUCAUGUGAAUCAGAAAUGUGCGGUAGAUUGUAUUUUUUUUUUAUGUUUGCAAUAAAUGAUCAUUAUUGCACCCAA